AUGCGGGUCGCGCGCGUCUUCGCCUCGCUCGUGACCGCGCCCGUCGGUCCCUCUUCCCGCGCGCGUCCGCGUCGUCCGCCCGCGCGGUUCCCGACGCGGUGCGGGGAAGGCGCGAAGGGCAAAAAAAAGGGCGGGGCGUCCUCCUCGAACGCGAACGCGCCGGAGCGAUUAGACCGCCUCCUCAGCAGGCUCGGGUACUGCACGCGCGCGGAAGCGAAGCGAUGGGCGCGCGACGGACGCGUCCUCCUCCACGGUGAGCCCGUCGCUAGGGCGGAGGCGAAGGUCACGCCGCGCGACGUCCUCAUCGACGGCGAGCCCGCGGAGGCGCCCGACGGUCUGCUCGCGCUGAUGCACAAACCGCGCGGUCGCGUCUGCGGGCACGACGCCAGCGAGGGGCCGUCCGUGUACGACCUCCUCCCGGAGCGAUGGCGCGCGCGGCGGCCCGGCGUGGAGACGAUCGGGCGCCUGGACAAGGACACGACCGGGCUGCUUCUCCUGACGGACGACGGCGACUUGCUCCAUCGAUUGGCGUCGCCGAAGAAGCGCGUGGAAAAAGUCUACGAGCUCGUCGUCGACGCGCCCAUCCCUCGCGACGCGGUCGACCUCUUCGCGUCCGGGAGUUUGACCCUCACGGGCGAGAAGAAGCCGUGUCUGCCCGCGAAGUUGAUCGUGUCCGAGCGCGCGGACCACAAUCGCACGCGCGCGAGCUUGAGCGUCACCGAGGGCAAAUUCCACCAGGUGAAGCGGAUGAUGCGCGCCGUGGGAUGCGAAGUCACGGCGCUGCACCGGGAGUCGUUCGGGGGGAUGGCGUUGUCGCGCAUGGAGCUUCGCGAGGGCGAGGUUCGGGUCUUGAGCAGAGAGACCGCGCUGGAGCUCAUAGGCAUAGGAGGAGGUGGACCGGCGGCGGACGACGGAUAG